AUGGCCCUAAAGGCACCCUCUCAGGCCACUCUCCCACAGGCAGGGCCGAGGGGCUGGGAAGUAGGUGACCCAGCCGAGGGUCUGUGCUCUCUCCGCAGACGGAGCAUGAAGCGGAAGGCACUGUUCACCUGUCCCUUCAAUGGAGACUGCCGCAUCACCAAGGACAACCGCCGCCACUGCCAGGCCUGCCGGCUCAAGCGCUGUGUGGACAUCGGCAUGAUGAAGGAGUUCAUCCUGACUGAUGAAGAGGUGCAGCGGAAGCGGGAGAUGAUCCUCAAGAGGAAGGAAGAGGAGGCCUUGAAGGACAGCCUGCGGCCGAAGCUGUCCGAAGAGCAGCAGCAUAUCAUCGCCAUCCUGCUGGACGCCCACCACAAGACCUAUGACCCCACCUACGCCGACUUCAGCCAGUUCCGACCUCCGGUUCGAGAGGGUGAGAAUGAAGGGAACCAUCCCUCAGGGCCUUGGUUGAUACACACGCCCAGCUUCUCUGCAAACUCAUCCUCCUCCUUCUCAGAUCGCUACACCUCCUCUCCAGAUACGAUGGAGCCAACGGGCUUCUCCAACCUGGAUCUGAGUGAAGAAGACUCUGAUGACCCUUCUGUGACCCUGGACCUGUCCCAGCUCUCCAUGCUGCCCCACCUGGCUGACCUGGUCAGUUACAGUAUCCAAAAGGUCAUCGGCUUUGCCAAGAUGAUCCCAGGGUUCAGAGACCUCACGCCUGAGGACCAGAUCGUGCUGCUGAAGUCAAGUGCCAUUGAGGUCAUCAUGCUGCGCUCCAACCAGUCGUUCACCAUGGACGACAUGUCCUGGACCUGCGGCAGCCCUGACUACAAGUACCAAGUCAGUGACGUGACCAAAGGUGCGGCUGGGCUCUGCCUCCUCCUGCCCUGGCUCCACCCCUCCUGGCGUCAUGGGCCCCACCAGGCACAUCAGAGGGAGUGA